UGCCUUUAUUCCUGAUGAAGGGCUUUUGCCCGAAACGUCGAUUUCGCUGAUCGAUGGAUGGUGCCUGAACUGCUGUGCUCUUCCAGCACCAUUAAUCCAGAAGGUAGACAGUGCCGCCCGGGCUGGAGAUUCCUGAACCAGGGCACAAUUUAAACAUAAGGCGGCUCUCACUACCGUCUGAGAUGAGGAGAAUUUUGAAUUCCCUUGGAUGUCUGUGAAGCUUUCUGAUUCUCUACAGCAGAGAGGCGUGAGAGAUCACUCUUUCAGCAUGUUUCAGGAUGGAGGUUACAGAUUUCUGAUUACCAACGGCAUUCAGGGUUAUUUGAAUGGGGAGGGUGAAAGGUACUGGAGUAAUCGAUCAGAGAAAAUCAUGUUGAAUGGUGGGGGCUGAAUAGCCGAAACCCGUUCCGAUUUCCUGUCAUCAGUCUAAGAGUAUUGCAGUGAAAUUCCUCGGGGAAACGUUGAAAUGGAUGUAUUUACCAGCGCAGUCACAUUGAAACUGAAAGCGGUUUGAAUCAGGAAAUGCUGAGGGUGAACAUGGCUUCCAGGCAGCAGGGAGAGAGUUGGACCGAGGAGGCAAUUUGUCCCAUUUGUCUGGAUUUCUUCACCGAGCCGGUUACACUGGAAUGUGGACACAACUUCUGCCGCUCCUGUAUCACCCAGAGUUGGGAAAAGAAGGAGAUAAACUCCUGCACGGAAUGUAAAGAGGAGUUUCCGGAAAGAAACCUCAGGGUAAAUCGGGCCUUAGCGAAUCUGGCGGAGAAAGCUCGAAAAUUAAAGCUGGAUCCGACAGAGAAGGAAAGUAAACCUCACUGUGAGGUACAUCAGAGAGAACUGGAGCUGUUUUGUGAAACUGACAAGAAAUUGAUCUGUCUGAUUUGUAGAGAUUCGCGGGAACACAGAGAGCACCGCUUCCUGCCGAUCAAUGAGGCUGUUGAAAUCUACAAGGAUAAGCUGAAAUCUUCCUUCGAUUCUCUCACAGAGAAGAAAUCGGUGGUUCUCCAAGCUGAACUGACCCAGAAACGGAAGAUUUCCGAAGUGAGGGAGGCAGCUUGUCGGAAGAGAAGAAUUAGUCAUGAGGAGAAGACACUCUCAGCUGCUGAUGGCUCUCUGUCUCUCGGACUGUUCACCGGCCCUUUACAGUACACUGUCUGGAGAGAAAUGAUACACACCAUUCACCCAGCUCCAGCCUCUCUGACUCUGGAUCCGAACACAGCGCAUCCCCAGCUCAUCCUGUCUGAGGACCGGACCAGUGUGAGACUCGGAGACAAACGGCAGCCGCUCCCUGACUCCCCGGAGAGAUUUGAUUACUGGGAAUAUGUCCAGGGAUCAGAGGGAUUCACAUCAGGGAGACAUUACUGGGAGGUGGAGGUGGUGGAGAAGACUGAGUGGGGUCUGGGAGUGGCCCGAGAGUCUGUGGAAAGGAAAGGUGGCACCAUCCCGAGCCCGGAGACUGGAUUCUGGACUGUGUGGCUGGAUCCCGGAUGGGGUUAUUUUGCCGCCACCUUCCCCUCUGAGACCCCCCUCUCCCCGAGUGUGAAUCCCCGGAAGAUCAGGGUUUUCCUGGACUAUGAGGGUGGACAGGUGUCAUUUCACAAUGCGGAUACCAUGUCCCAUCUCCACACUUUCACCCACACUUUCACUGAGAGGAUCUUUCCCAUCUUCUUUCCGGGAUGGAAUGACGAUGGGAAAAACUCCGCCCCGCUGACAAUCUGCGGGAUUAAAGGGCACUGACAGAUCCAUCCCAUAAUUUCACCCCGUCCCCCUGCCUCCUGCCAGCUGUAAACUGAUGGGGGUCGGUCUCAGUCUGGGGGAGAGAAGGAGGGGGAGAGAAGAAACAAAUAGAAGCUCAAUUGUAGAGAGAGACUGACUGGGUAGAAUGAGCUGUGAGCUGCAGGAACCCGGGGACCUUCCUGCCUAUAAUGUUGCUCCACAGGCGGGAGGUGGCGCUACAUGACGGUGUUGGAGAUGAAUCAGUCAGUGGGUCUCAGACUGGGCUCAGGGGAGUCUUUCCAGGGGGGACACCAUAUCAUUUCACUGCAGCGUCAGUGGGGUCUUUCCAGGGGGACACCAAAUCAUUUCACUGCAGGGUCAGUGGAGUCUUUCCAGGGGGGACACCAAAUCAUUUCACUGCAGGGUCAGUGGGGUCUUUCCAGGGGGGACACCAAAUCAUUUCACUGCAGGGUCAGUGGAGCCUUUCUGGGGGAACUGGGCCCAGUCAAAAUAAAAACAUCAGACUGAUCUUGUUUAGACUUCCACCAUGUGUCAGUAAUGUGUAUCUCACACAUAAUUUGAUAACAUUGAGAAACUGGUCUUGUUUUGCUCAGGUCUGUAACCAUUGCCCAGAAUGUUAACUGCUCUUUCGUAAAAUUGGAACAUUUGAAAACGCCAGAUUUGAAAGUGAUGGGUGAUUUGAUUAUUUCUGUCAUGAUCAGAUCAUAUUUAACCUUGAUUGAAACCGUUCAGUUGGUGCAAACUGCAAUGUAGGUGGAGUCAGUUAUCAGUUCUCCCUGAGUUAUUGCUCUCUCAUCUCAUUUACUGUGAAAUAAUCCUUAAGUCACACCAACGGAAAUGUCUGUUUGAUAAAACUCUCGCACUCUACUAUGCACAGAACCUAUUCAGCCUUUUGAUGUCUAUGUUUAUGUAAUUAUCAUUUAUAUAGGAGUGCAGUAUCAAAUUUGUUUGUUCUUCAAUCAAAUCAAUAUCUGCAUUCUCUGCAGUGAAAGCAAGGCUUCUAAAAAAAUGACUUCAUCAAUAAAUCCAAGAGAGUUGUCAUUUUAUUUGAAAAUUUCUCCAGGAUAU